ACUCUUUGAAACUCUUCAGUCUCUCUUCUGGUCCGUGUUUGGUCUGCUGAAUCUCUACGUCACGAAUGUCAAAGCCAGGCAUGAAUUCACAGAAUUUGUUGGGGCUACCAUGUUUGGCACGUACAAUGUCAUCUCCCUGGUGGUUUUGCUAAAUAUGCUCAUUGCAAUGAUGAACAAUUCCUACCAGCUGAUAGCAGACCAUGCUGACAUAGAAUGGAAGUUUGCACGCACAAAGCUCUGGAUGAGUUACUUUGAUGAAGGGGGUACACUACCACCUCCUUUUAACAUUAUCCCUAGCCCUAAGUCAUUCUGGUACCUUUGCAAGUGGGUCCACAAGCGUCUGUGCCCAUCCCGGGACCCAGAGAAUGAACAAAAGCAUGAGAACCUGAAGACUUUCACGGAACGUCAUGCGGACAACUUGAUUCAGAAUCAACAUUACCAGGAAGUGAUCAGAAAUCUGGUGAAGAGAUAUGUUGCUGCAAUGAUAAGGAAUUCAAAAACCAAUGAAGGUUUAACUGAAGAAAACUUUAAGGAGUUAAAACAAGAUAUUUCCAGUUUCCGCUAUGAAGUUCUUGACCUCCUGGGUAACCGGAAACCUCAGAGAAGAAGUUACUCCACCAGCAGCACGGAGGUCUCCCAAAAGGAGGAUGCCCCUGAGGAGUGCACUGGAGAAACAUCCAAAGCAAAGAGUGUCUCCUUUGGUGUUGCCAACAAAAAGAAAGACUUCAAUGUGUCCGCGCUCAUUAAGACCAUGUCUGGCGUUGAAACAGUGAAUGAAAAACCGAAAAGCAACGGGAUAAACAAGCGCUCCUUUGUUCGCAAUGGGAACAGAGUCCAAAGGCUGUCUAGCUCCAAAAAGGAGUCCUUCAAGAGGCUGGGUCUCCUCUUCUCCAGGAUGAACGGUCAUCUUGCAGAACCCAGUCAAGAGCCCAUGUACACCAUUUCGGAUGGGGUCAUCCAGCCGCAUUACAUGUGGCAAGACAUUAAAUAUUCUCAGAUGACAAAAGAACGAGAUAACUGCUCCAAAAGUGAAAUUAGCCUCAAUGAGGUAGACUACAGUAGAAAUAUCAGGCAUACAGGACAGAGCCAAUGCCCUGUGGUUUGCGCCAGCUCCCUUCACUGUGCUUCCAGCAUCUGUUCCUCAAAUUCCAAACUCAUAGACUCCUCGGAGGAUGUUUUUGACUCAUGGGGAGAUGCUUGUGACAUGUUUAGGAACCAAUGGAACGAUGGGCAGGAGGAACAGGUCACCACACGCCUAUAA